AUGCACGAAACGCUCACUGGGACACACAUUGCCGAUGUACUGAAAGCCGCAGUGGGGGAGUGGAAUCUUGACGCUAAGAAGCCAGUGGUUGUCACCGACAACGCAUCAAACAUGCGUGUAGCAAUGGACUUGACAGGAUACCAACAUGUUAGAUGUUUUGCUCAUGUUUUAAAUCUUGCAUCCCAACGUGCGCUGAAAAUAGCUGCUGUUACCAAGGUACUUGUCAAAGUUAGGAGGAUCUCAACAUUCUUUCAUCGAAGCACAACUGGAGCAGAAGCACUGAAAAGAAACCAGGAACUCCUUGGCCUCCCCCUUCACAAGCUCAUCACGGACAUGCCUGUUCGUUGGAAUAGUGCCUAUGAGAUGAUCUCCAGGUUUCUUGAACAACAGCCAGCUGUCUGUGCUGCCCUCUUAUCACCAGAGGUGAGAAAGAAUGUGACUGACUGUGCUCUGACAGAGAAUGACAUCUCAAGUGCUGAAGAGAUGGUGGAAGCAUUUAGACCAAUGCUUGUGGCAACAAAUAUCAUGUGUGAGGAAAAGAAUCCCACCAUUUCAGUGGUUGCUCCUCUUCAUGCCCAACUGCUGCGAGACACAACCAGCACUGAAGAAGAUUCCCCUCUGGUUCGAGAGAUUAAGGGAGCCAUCAAUCAAGACCUUUCAAAGAGAUAUCAAUCAGAGGUGGAAAAAGAUCUCCUACGCAUGUCCUCAGCCCUGGACCCUAGAUUUAAAUCCCUUUUAUUUCUGUCACCUGAAGAAGUGCAAGACACUUAUGCAAAACUACAGUCAAAAGCUGCAGCUUUAAAAGAGGAUGAUCCAGUGCCUUGUGGUGAUGUUCAGGGGGAUUUAGAGGAAGAGGAGACCUGCACAGCAAAAAAAAGAAAGUCUGCACUUGUUGAUCUUCUUGGUCAGACCUUCAAGAAGACCUCUUAUGUUUCUACAUCAGCAACCUCAAUUGCAGAGAAGGAGAUAAAACAAUAUCAAGAUGCUCCUUCUCUGCCUCUCACUGAAGAUCCACUGUUGUGGUGGAAAUCUCAGCAACAUGUGUUCCCUCUCCUUUCCAAGCUGGCCCAUAUGCAUUUGUGUAUUCCUGGGACCAGUGUAGCAGCUGAGAGGGUCUUUUCAACUGCAGGAGAUAUUAUCAGUGCCCAAAGAAGUUCACUCACUCCUGAACAUGCUGACCAACUCCUCUUUCUCAAGAUAAAUAUGAACAUAUAA